CUGGUGGGACACUACCCCCGUCUUGAACGCAUUGUCCAAAUAGCAAGCACAGAGGGAGAAGGAAGGGCAGAAGGAGUGAGAAGAGGAGAUUAAUGGGAUUGGAGAACAAAAUAGAAGAUGAGGAAUAGACAGAUAACAAUGUCAAAGAGAAACGCUUGUUUCAUCUGAAUUCCACUGAGUGCCUCCUCUGCAAAACAGACCUCUCUCCAGGACACACUACAAACAGUGCAAGGAGCCAGAGACACUGACGCUAGCAGAAUAUUCUCCUGAUCGCAGCCAUGACAGACACCGAUUCUCUGACUGAUGCACUCCAGGCUCUCAGUGUGAGCACAGAACUCAUUGAAGAGGAGCUGAAACCUCAUUUGGACAUAAUUCUGUCUGCACAGUUAGGAAAGCAGAAAGACGUUGCUGUUCAGAUUGCCAAAAGUGGGAUUCUACCUAUACUUGCUCAGGCUUUACAAAAUAAAACCAGCCUGAGCUGUCAGAUUGCUUUGUUGGUGGCUGAAAUAGCCCGAGAAGGUGCAGUGAGGGGCUUGUGUAUAGAGGCAGGCUUAGUGAAGGUGCUGGUCCCUCAUCUGGACAGUAGUGAGCCAGAGAUGCUGCUCAAUACUGGCAGAGCAAUUGGUCGCAUUUGCUUUGACAACCCAUACCAGCAGGAUCAGUUAGUCCACUCCGGCGUCAUCCUCAAGCUUGUGUCAAUCAUGAGGAAAUAUCCAGAGAAUGAUCCCCUAGUCAACGUCUGUGUGCUGGCUCUCUGUAAUUUGGCAGACUUGGAUUCUGCAAGGACGUCUCUUAUUGAAGUUGAUGUGGGAGAUAUCCUGCUUUUUCAAUUGAAACGAGCACCUGAUGCUGAACGGCAACACAUUAUACUGGAAAUACUGGGCUCACUGGCCGAGAAUGAUAUACUGAAGUUUCAAUUUGUUGAGUCAGGGGUACCCGAGGCAUUAUCUGAGCUGAUCAGGGGUCUUCAGGGAUGUUCAGACCCUGCAACCCUUUGCAGUGUCAAGAUUGCCUCUAACCUCAUUGUAUCACUUCUUUUAGGAGAUGAGUCUAUGCAAAAGUGUUUUGGUGAAGGCUCAGGUAUGGUGUACCAGGAUGUUCUGUCCUGGCUGCAGAGCUCCAACACUCAGCUGCAGUUGUCCGGAGCUUUGGCUAUUGCCAACUUUGCAAGAAAUGACAGUAACUGUGUGAAGAUGAUGGACCUUGGUGUGGUCCCUCACAUCUUGACCAUGUUGGAACAACAUAUUGACGAAGGAGAUGUGUCUGUUCUCCAUGCCGGAUUGAGCGCACUACGAAAUUUAGCCAUUCCAGCAACCAAUAAGGUGCGCAUGAUGGACGUGGCAGAAAGGAUAAAGAGCCUUCUGCGAUCUGAUAUGCCUCCAGUUCAAUUCAAACUGCUGGGAACGCUACGCAUGAUAGUUGAUGGACAAGAGGAAGCAGCCGUGGUGCUGGGAACCGAUGCCGCUCUCCUAUGUCGGGUUACAGAGUGGUGUGAAGCCAAAGACCACGUAGGACUAAGAGGAGAAGCCAGUCGUCUAUUGUCUGCUCUUAUAAGGCACAGCCGCAGGCCUGGUGUCAUCCAUGCCAUAUUAAAGGCAGAUGGAAUUCGCCACCUUAUAUCCAUGUCCAAAAGUGAACAUGUCAUCAUGCAGAAUGAGGCCCUGGUUGCCUUGGCAAUUGCAUCUACUAUCAACAUCGAGUCUGUGAAGGAUCUCUUUACGACAGAGCUAUUGGCAAUGCUGAAGAAGAUGUUGGAAGAUCCUACAGGCACAGCUGAAGUCAAGUACAGUGCAUUAUGUCUCAUUUGCAGUCUGGCCAACAGUGGUGUGAUGAAUGAAGAAUUGGAGGAAGUGAACAUGAAAGACAGCCUCAAGAAACUGACUGACCACAGCAACAGUCAGCUUGCUGCACAGGCCAGCUCCGCAUUAGCUCUUUUAGGUGAUGCAAGCUGAGCCUAACGAAGACCUUGUCUGCAAUAAUGCACUCAUUUAAUUGUAUUGCUUCCUGCACAUAAACCUGUAGAGGGCAGUUACUUUUGUUAGUUAAGUAGAAGGUCUACACUGUAGACUCUACAGUGUACAAAAACGUCAAAACAAAUGCUGGAUCAGUGGAAUUAUUUGCAAGUGUUGUGUUAAAAGGUGUUUUUUUUCAUGCCCUCUCCACGUAUAAUCAAUAAUUAAGAAAUUCAAGGAGCAGCUUUGUUUACGUCCUAGCAGCAAUAUUAUUCAUAUUUAGAAAUGAAAGUACUGAUAUUUUCCCCCUGACUGUUUUAAAGUCAUGAUGAUGAGGCACAUGACCCUGCUUUGACAAAUAAAUCUAAAGAAUGCUUUGAA